AUGGGCAAGAUGGACAACACCUCUGUGGAGCUGAGCUCUCCCUCUGAGGUGAAGCAGGCAGCCCUGGAGGAGUUGGACCCCAUCGCCCCCAAGGCUGCGAGCACCAAGAAGAAGAAGGAGAUCCCAGACAGAGGCUCCUGGAAGGGGAGAUUUGACUUCUUGCUGUCCUGCGUGGGUUAUGCUAUCGGGCUGGGCAACGUCUGGCGCUUCCCAUACCUCUGUGGCAAGAACGGAGGAGGGGCCUUCCUCAUCCCCUAUUUCCUGACGCUGGUGUUUGCUGGAAUUCCUCUGUUCCUGCUGGAAACCGCUCUGGGCCAGUAUACCUCUGUUGGUGGACUGGGAGUGUGGAAAUUAGCGCCCAUGUUUAAAGGAGUGGGGCUGGCAGCUGUGGUUCUCUCCUUCUGGCUGAACAUCUACUACAUUGUCAUCAUCGCCUGGGCUCUCUACUAUCUCUUCAACUCUUUCACCGCGGACCUGCCCUGGCAGAGCUGUGGGAACACCUGGAACACCGACCGCUGCUUCUCCAACUACUCCCUGAGCGACACCACCAACCUCACCAGUGCCGUCACCGAGUUCUGGGAGAGGAACAUGCACCAGAUGUCCGGGAGCCUGGGGGAGCCUGGCACUAUCCGUUGGCCCCUGGCUGGCACGCUGGCCCUAGCCUGGCUGCUGGUCUACUUCUCCAUCUGGAAGGGCGUGGAGUGGACGGGCAAGGUGGUGUAUUUCUCGGCCACCUACCCCUACUUCAUGCUCUUCAUCCUCUUCUUCCGGGGAGUCACGCUGCCGGGAGCCAAGGAGGGGAUCCUCUUCUACCUCACACCUGACUUCAGGAAGCUCUCCGACUCCGAGGUCUGGAUGGAUGCAGCCACGCAGAUCUUCUUCUCUUAUGGCCUGGGGCUGGGGUCCCUGAUUGCACUGGGGAGCUACAACACUUUCCACAACAACGUCUACAGAGACUCCAUUAUUGUCUGCUGUAUCAACUCCACCACAAGCAUAUUUGCCGGAUUUGUUAUUUUCUCUAUCGUUGGCUUCAUGUCGCAUGUCACAAAGAAGUCCAUCUCAGAGCUGGCCUCCUCAGGUCCUGGACUGGCUUUCCUCGCCUACCCACAGGUGGUCACAGAGCUGCCCCUGUCCCCUCUCUGGUCCAUCCUCUUCUUCUCCAUGCUGAUGAUGUUGGGUCUGGAUAGUCAGUUCUGCACUGUGGAAGGCUUCAUCACAGCCCUGAUCGAUGAGUAUCCUCAUGUCCUGAGAGCCAGGAAGAAGAUCUUCAUUGCAGUAGUCUGUUUCAUCUCUUAUCUCAUUGGAUUCUCCAACAUCACCCAGGGUGGCAUUUAUGUCUUCAAGCUGUUCGAUUACUACUCAGCCAGUGGCAUGUGUCUUCUCUUUCUUGUCUUCUUUGAGACCAUCUCAAUCUCUUGGUGUUAUGGUGUGAACAGAUUUUACAGGAACAUUGAAGAAAUGAUUGGCUACAAACCUUGUAUCUGGUGGAAGAUCUGCUGGGCUUUCUUCACUCCUCUUGUCUGCCUGGGUGUGUUCUUCUUCAGCGUGGUGGAAAUGACCCCUCCGACACUGGGAAAAUACAUCUAUCCUACAUGGGGACAAGGCAUUGGUUGGCUCAUGGCUUUGUCCUCCAUGAUACUGAUUCCAGGAUAUAUGCUCUACUGUUUCUUCACCUCAACGGGGACCUUCCGGCAGCGUUUGCAGCAGAUGACACAACCCAAGCUAGAGGUGCACGCUCAGAACAACGGCCUCCAGCCCAAGAUGUCCUUGAACGGGAGCGUCUCAGAUGCCGCCGUCUAG